AUGUAUGCUUGCUACAACGUAGAGGAGACUGACUGUCUCGAAGCGCUGCAGAUGCGAGACGUGCUCACCCCGGAUGGAGAGAAGUGGAGCGAGAAGUGGAAUCCUUGGCCCAGCAAUAUCAAGAACAAUGGCCUGGCGUUCUACAUUCGGCUAAAAUGGGAGUUCCAGAGCGUCGUGGAGGCUCGUAUGGAGGCCGUUCCGAACGAGAAAGGGGUUAGAGCGUUCUCGUUGUUUCCAGUGUCUACGGCUUUCAAAACUGCUCACAUCGUGAUCAAUGGAACGACGUUGGCAGGAUUUGUGUCUCGCAUCCGCGAACGUGGAGAAGGAAACCUAAUGGAAGACUAG